CCGCUUAUUCCUGAACUGAGCCCAGUGAAUCCCCAUUCCACCCUCACCAAAUUUCCUCUCUCUCUCUCUCUCUCUCUCAAUCCCAAACGCACAUCAAACACCAUCCAUCAAUUAAUCACUUACUACGCUCUCUCUCUCACUCUUUCACACAGCCAUGGCCACUCGCCGCGGCGGCGGAGAUGACGGCGCCACCGUCCGUCCCCGCCCCCUCUCCGCCUCUCGCCGCUUCCCUUCCCCUUCCCUUCCUCUCCAGAAAGAAAACACCAACCCUCGCCGCUCCACUUCCCGUUCCAACCCUCGCGGCCGCAGCUCCAGCCCCUCCGAUCUCCCCCGCCCCACCGUCCAAAAGCCCACCCCCACCGCCCUAAUUCCCAGACUUUCCUCCACCCAAAAGCCCAAACCUUCCACCACCACCACCAGAUCCAGCCUCGAAAAACUCAACAAUAAUCACCCCCACAACAUAACCACCACCAGCAGGCUUCACGAGAAGCUCGCGUUUCUCGAAGGCAAAGUAAAGCGGAUAGCUUCCGACAUAAAGAAGACUAAAGAAAUGCUCGACAUGAACAACCCUGAUGCCUCCAAGGUGAUCCUCUCCGACAUUCAAGACAAGAUCUCCGGAAUCGAGAAGGCCAUGGUUCAUGUCGUUUCUAACAAGGAAACCAAAAAUGACGCGGUUCAAGUUGCUGCUAAAGACAAGAGCUUGGCGAAAGGGUUGAAAUUGAACACCGAGGAACUUGAGGCAAGGUUGUUCCCUCACCAGAAACUGCUUCGUGACAGGACAGUGGUUAAGGAUAAGGGCUCUGUGGUGGAGGAAGAGAAGGUGCUGAGUCCGGUUGACGAUAAUUUGGUUGCGGUCGAGUUUUUGGCUCUGAUUGAUAAAGAGAAAGAGAAGGUGAAUGCUGGGGAGGAUGUGAAGGAAAGGGGUGGAGGUGGGAAUGUUAAGAGGAACAAUGGCAUUGAUGUGCUGCUCGGGGCGGAUGAGAAGCUCGAGGAUUUCGAUGAUGAUCAGGAGAAUAAGGAGAACAAGGAAGAGACGCUUGUUGAGGAGGAGAUGGAUGAGGCUUUCAAUUUUAGGCUGAAUGGGAUUGGUACCAAUGUUGCCACCGGUGGCUGGUUCGUCAACGAAGGCGAGGCUGUCCUCCUUGCUCACCAUGAUGGUUCUUGUACCUAUUAUGAUAUUACCAAUUGUGAGGAAAAAGCUGUAUAUAUGCCACCCCCAGAAGUUUCACCCAACAUAUGGAGAGAUUGUUGGGUAGUUCGUGCCCCUGGUUCCGAUGGUUGCUCUGGAAGGUUUGUAGUAGCUGCAUCUGCUGGCAAUACUAUGGAUUCAGGAUUUUGCUCAUGGGACUUUUACACCAAAGAAGUGUGUGCUUUACAAGUUGAUGCUGGAACAGCCUCCUCAAGAAUUGCACUUGGACCCUUACCUAACAAUAUUAGAAGAAAUUCUACAUCUAGCAUUGUGACAGCAGAAGCUACGAAGUGGUGGUAUAGGCCCUGUGGACCUCUCAUCGUGUCUACGGCCAGCUCACAGAAAGCUGUGAAGGUUUUUGAUGUUCGCGAUGGAGAGCAAAUAAUGAAAUGGGAUGUUCAGAUGCCCGUUUUAACAAUGGAUUAUUCUAGCCCUUUGCAAUGGAGGAACAGAGGGAAAGUAGUGGUAGCUGAAUCUGAAUCCAUUUCUUUGUGGGAUGUGAACUCACUCACUCCUCAAGCUCUGCUCUCUGUUCCUACAGGCGGGCAAAAAGUUUCCGCUCUCCACGUGAGCAACACUGAUGCAGAAUUGGGUGGAGGGGUUCGCAAAAGAGUAAGUUCAUCUGAUGCUGAAGGAAAUGAUGGUGUGUUCUGCACCUCAGAUUCUAUUAACGUGUUGGACUUUCGCCAGCCAUCUGGUGUAGGUCUCAGGAUAUCAAAACACGGUGUCAAUGUGCAAUCAGUUUUCUCUCGUGGGGAUUCUGUGUUCCUUGGUUGCUCCAGCACAAGUUCAACGGGCAAGAAGCAGACCUCACUGCUGCAACAAUUUUCACUGCGCAGACAAGGACUUUUUACAACCUAUGCUCUUCCAGAAUCCAAUGCACACUCACACCAUGCAGCAAUCUCCCAAGUUUGGGGCAAUUCUGACUUUGUCAUGGGUGUUUGUGGCCUAGGACUGUUUGUGUUUGAUACAGUGAAAGAUGAUGCACUAAGGGUUCUCAACAUGGAUUACUCUAGUGAUCAAAGUUUUAGAGAAGUUAUUGGUCCGGAUGACAUGUAUUGUCCUUCCUUUGAUUAUCUUGGAUCUCGUGCUCUUCUGAUAUCAAGAGAUCGACCAGCUAUGUGGAGGCAUCUGAUAGUUUGAUAGUUAUGGUUUUCUGGUAACUACAAGCUUUACUUGUGUACAAUUACAAAACAGGAAUUUGCUUAAAGUUUAAGGUUGUGUUUCUGCUUUUGUUUUUUCUUGGUUUUCUUUUUAAGGACCAAAGUUAUACUUUAGAGGAAAUUAUGUUAGAUGUGGAUGCUUGGUUGUUAGUAUUUUAUGCAAGAGCCUUGUACUUUUCCCGGGUAACCACUUGUCACUGAUCAAUCUGGUAAAGGGGGAUCUCUAUUUAUGUCAACCCACUGGUGUUCGUUGAUUC